AGGCGGCCCAAAUCAGAGCUCUCCAAAACCUCCCCGCCGCAACUCUCUGCUGCAAGACCUCUCCACCAUAACUCUCUGCCUCCGCCGCCUCCGAGAUGGCCGUCAUUGAAGAUAACCCACAUCUUGAAUCCGGUGAGAAUGGGGCUAUGGAGUCCGCAAAGAAGAAGCGCAAGAGAAAGAGAGACAGGAAGAACACGAAGACGACACAACGACGUCAUGAAGAAGAGGAAGAAGAGAAAGGAGAAGAGUUGAAACGAGAAGAACACGAAGGAGAGGAAGAGGAAGAAGGGAAAGUCUCAAAUGUGGAGGAGAAAGUAGGGAGGAAGAAGAAGAAGAAGAAGAAGACAGCCGAAGAGGAGGGAAAAGAGGAAGAAGAAGAGCGAGAGGACGAGGAGAAGGUUGUCUUGAAGAAGGAGAUGAAGAGGGUUGAGUCUGGGAUUAUGAGCAGUGAAGCCUUUGCAGCGCUCCCGAUAUCCGAGCCCACUAUGAAUGCCAUCAAAGACAUGGGUUUUCAGUACAUGACGCAGAUCCAAGCUAGAGCGAUUCCACCACUUCUGGAAGGCAAAGAUGUUCUAGGAGCUGCAAGGACGGGGUCAGGAAAAACCCUUGCUUUUUUGAUACCUGCGGUGGAAUUGUUGUAUCACAUCCGUUUUACGCCUAGAAAUGGGACUGGUGUUAUCGUCAUUUGUCCAACAAGGGAGUUGGCCAUACAGACACAUGCUGUGGCAAAGGACCUUCUGAAGUAUCAUUCACAGACACUGGGACUAGUAAUUGGUGGUGCGGCACGAAGAGGAGAAGCUGAGCGAAUUGCCAAAGGCGUAAAUCUUUUAGUGGCAACCCCUGGUCGACUUCUUGACCAUCUUCAGAACACUAAGGGCUUCAUAUAUAAAAACCUAAAAUGCCUCAUGAUUGAUGAAGCUGAUAGGAUCUUGGAAGCUAAUUUUGAAGAAGAAAUGAAGCAAAUCAUUAAAAUCUUGCCUAAGGUGAGGCAAACUGCUCUUUUCUCUGCUACCCAAACCAAAAAGGUUGAAGAUCUUGCUCGCUUAUCAUUUCAGACAACUCCUGUCUAUAUUGAUGUGGAUGAUGGAAGAAAGAGGGUCACAAAUGAAGGACUGCAGCAAGGCUACUGCGUUGUACCUAGUGCCAAGAGAUUUGUUCUUCUCUAUUCCUUCUUGAAACGGAAUCUGUCAAAGAAAGUGAUGGUUUUCUUCUCAUCUUGCAAUUCUGUCAAAUUCCAUUCAGAACUUCUUAGAUACAUUCAGAUUGAUUGUCUCGAUAUCCACGGAAAGCAAAAGCAGCAGAAACGAACCUCUACCUUCUUUGAUUUCUGCAAAGCAGAGAAGGGUAUCUUGUUAUGUACAGAUGUAGCUGCACGUGGUCUUGAUAUUCCGGCAGUGGAUUGGAUUGUGCAAUAUGACCCCCCAGAUGAGCCUAAGGAAUAUAUUCAUAGAGUUGGUCGAACAGCCCGUGGGGAAGGUGCAAAAGGAAAUGCGCUGCUUUUCUUGAUUCCAGAAGAGUUACAGUUUCUAAAGUACCUUAAGGCUGCAAAAGUGCCCGUCAAAGAGUAUGAAUUUGAUCAGAAGAAGCUGGCAAAUGUUCAAUCUCACUUGGAAAAGUUGGUUUCCAACAACUAUUAUUUGAAUAAGUCCGCUAAAGAUGCUUACAGAUCUUACAUCCUAGCAUACAAUUCGCACUCUAUGAAGGACAUCUUCAAUGUUCACCGGCUUGACCUCCAGGCUGUGGCGGCUUCAUUCUGUUUUACUUCUCCUCCCAAAGUAAACCUAAACAUAGACAGCAAUGCGUCCAAGUUCAGGAAGAAAACACGGAAAAUUGAAGGAAGUCGGCAUGGGUUCAGUGAGAGUCACCCUUACGGGAGGAAAGGCGAAGACAACAUACAACAGUUUGUUAGAUAUUAGCACCCAUAAUGCUUGUAUCAUUGUACCCAGCAUCGCCAUGUACUUCUCUGGCAACGAUUUUGCAAUGAGUUAGUAUCAUUGAAAGCAAUUUCUUUCAGUUUACACCAAAACCCGGAGGAAGUAUACGAUUUGAAGAUUUUUCUUAAUACGAAUUUAGUUCUGGUACUGUGCAA